GUCUUCCGUGGAAUGAUAACUCAGAGAGUUAAUUGGAUGAUUGAGCACAACAGAGAAGAAGACAGAGCAGAGGAGGCAACACCGACGGCUAAGACCACCACCGGCAUCGAGAAACAAGAACACGGCGCUGCCUCAACUACAAGACCCGAUAGGACGAAUCCACUCAAUACUCAAUGCUGUUAUUGGUUUAUAUAUUUUGAUUGAUUUAGAAAUCGAUAUAGUAUUUAUAAAUCUAAGUAGAAUAUACAAUUUUUCAAGUUUUCUCUGAUUAGUAUUAGGAUUUGAGUCUUUGUAUUUUUAACAAAGAAAUUCAUGCAACAUUCAAAUUCAUUAUGAAAUCAAAUCUAUUAGUACAUCUGUAUGAUUGAAUAACAAUUGAUUUGAAUUAGAAUUUAUGAAUCAUUACACCAAUAACACAUGAUUUCAAUACAUAUUUUAAAAUCAUAAAACCAAUAACACUAAAUUUAGUUUGGAUUUUCAAAUCCAUCAAAAUAUACCAACCAAUAACCUCUACUUAGUGAAAUUCUCUUUAUUCUUUAACAUUUAACUUAUGUACAUUGUCAUGUUUUUACAUUUUUAAAAUUAUUAACGAUUUAUUUAUUGUUAAAUCUAGAAAUAAACAAAUAAGUAGCCAAUAUUUAUCUUUUUCCAAUUAUUUUUUUUCUUUUCAUUUUUUAAUUUUAUUUUAUUAUUCUAUAAGUUACAUGUUAUAGUUUUUUUAUUAUCAACUUAAACAAACUCAUACCAAUUAUAGUUUUAUCUCUAAAAAGUAGCAUAUCUUGCAAAUAUAAAAUGAGUAUAUAAACUUAUUAAUGAUAAUAUACUAAAAUUUUGAGUUAUUUAUUUGAAUUUAAUAUUAUAAAAAGUCAAACCACUUAAAGAUUAACACAUGGCUGAGAAUAUCUAAUGAAAAACUACAAGUUUUUAUUUUGAAAUACUAUUCCUUAACACUUCUAUUUCUUUUUACAUUUUACUUUGAUGUUUAGAUAUCUAUAGAGUUUAAUGGAGAUGCUCUUACUUAGACCACUUCCAAUGGUGAGUUUUAACAAAAUCCUUAGCAUUAAACUUAUUAUAAUAAUUUAUGGGACCCAUUAUAUUUAAAAGUAUGUGCCAAAAUAAUCUUUAGGUAAGGAUUAAUCUUCCACAAAUUCUUCACUGUGGGGACCUGCUAUUGGCUCUUCCUUUCUUUUUUUUUUUUUAUAAACUAAAUAAAAAAUAAAAAUAAUAAAAUAAUAAGAAAACUUACCUUGGUUAUCGAGAGAGAGAGUUUCAGCAUUGCUGAUGCUCUUAGGUCUCUAUAUAUAAUGGUACCUGUGUGAGUUGUUUUCUCUGGAUAUCUCUCUCCUUCCCAUCAGCGGUUAAUAGAGCGAUCAUGAAUAGAGCAGAAAAUUCAGAUUCCAUCCCAAUAGAUCUCAUUCUAGAGAUACUCUCAAGACUGCCUUCAAAAUCAGUAGGGAGGUUUCAUUGCGUGUCCAAAUUAUGGCGAUCCAUGCUUAGUAGUCCAUAUUUCAAAGAUUUGUACUUGACCAGGUCAUCUUCUCGACCACGUCUCUUAUUUGUUGUCCACAGCGUUGGUGAGGAACUACACUUCUACUCGUCGCCACAGCCUCAGAUUCCUUAUGAAAAGUCUUCUCUUGUAGUAUCCGCCGAUUAUCAUACAACAUUCCCUUCAGAAAAUUGUAACUAUGCAUCUGGUUUGAUAUGUUUCCGUGGAAAGGGCCGCUCAGGGGAGGAUGCAAUGCCUCUGAUAUGUAAUCCUAUCACGGGACAGUAUGCGGAGUUACCUAAAGUGAUCAUGCACACUACGUCAGAAGCCUUUUUAGGGUUUGAUCCAGUUGACAAACAAUUCAAAAUAUUGGUAGAUCAUCAUCCUUAUUUUCCUCCAAGGGAUCGUCAUAUAAUUUUGACAUUAGGAGUUCAAAAACUUGGGUGGAGGAGUGACAUCGUUUGUCCAAAACACUACAGUUAUUAUUGGUCUAAAGGAAUAUGCAUCAGUGGAAAUAUAUAUUACGUAGCUCUUGAAAAAAACAUACUAGUGAUAGUUUGUUUUGAUGUUAGGUAUGAGGAGUUCAAGGUUAUUGAAGCAGAAUGCUUUAAUCGUAAAACUCCGACAUUGAUAAAUUAUAAGGGUAAAUUAGGUGGGAUUAAUUGGGAGUCUGGUGACAGUGGUGCCAUUGAGCUGCGUAUGUGGGUUCUACAUGACGUCGAUAAAAAAGAAUGGUCCAAGUAUGUCUACCCUUUUCCUGAGAAUGAUGUCAUUAAACCCCAAGAAUUUACCGUUGCUGGAAUGACUACUAGAGGUGAAUUUGUUAUGUUCUUGCUCGAUACAUUUAAACGGUUUUAUGUUUUAUAUUUCAAUGCCGAAAAGAACACUCUCAGGAGUGUUGAAAUCCAAGGUUUUGGUGAGAAUGUUAGUAGUGUUAAAGUCUUUGUGGACCAUGUGGAGGAUUUCAACUUUUUUUAAAAGAGAGUCUAUCUAGUUUGGCUGUGAUGUUGUGACUUAUCUCAUCUUCAAGCUUUGUUGUAAACUCUUAUCAUUCUGUUGGCUUAUCAUAUAUUAUAUACUUUCUUUCGGGUUUUCAUCUCCAUACUCUCACUUGAAAACAAAAAUAAUGGUUAGACAUUAUAGUAUUCAACAUUUUAUCGUUUGGUUAACCGGCAACCACGGUCGAGUUCAAUAGAAAAUUCAUUAUCUUAAGAGUUUUUGAGUAUUCUUGCACACUAACAAAAGCCGAAGCUUUUUCUUUUUAACUGAAAUAACAUAUAAAAGAAUAUGAGAAUCAAACAACAAACAAAGAAA